AUGCCACUCCGUGUCGCAACUGGGCUUGCUCUCAGUGCUCAUCGGACCAUAAUCGUUUGUCAGCUGUACCGGUUACUGCACAAAGACUUCUUGGGAAUCGACAAACUCUCAAUAACAGCAUUGGACUCUGAUAAGGGCACCCACCGCCCAGCCACCGAGGCGCAUGAGAGGAGAGGCACAAUGCGGUCUCCCGUCGAGAAGCAGAAACGUCCGGGAUGCAUAUCAGUCUCCGUCCGCCGGAUCACAUGCGACCUGAGCGAAGGAGAAGGCUGCGAACAUCCCAGCUUGUCUGCAUACGUGGCAGCAAUCCACCAUAAUCAUGUCGUGACCGGCCAGAUCAAGCUCUAUAGGCUUAGUGUCGUCGAUAUGAAACCAGCUGGAACGGGAGAAAUGUGGCGUCAAUGUCAGUCCUACGAUAGCAUGCAUUUCGGCGGCAAACUGAACAAGAUUGAGAACUUUCUUGCGAACGAAAGCUUCUUCGCAGAAGCUGCCGUGGCCAUUGGCGAGGCAGACGAGAUUGUGUAUAUCGAGGAAGUGGUUCUCGACAAGAGUUCUCGCGGCCACGGACUCGGACUGCAGGCUCUCAGUCAGGCUGUGGCACAGCUAAAGCUGCCGGAGAACAGUGUUCUGAUGCUGGAGCCAGGAGGAGUUGGACAGCUCGAGUGCGGUCACGAGGAAACGGGCGAGAAGCUGGCGAAGCAUUGGAGUCAGUUGGGCUUCCGCGUCUGGAGCUACACUGAUGAGGCCUGGAUGUGUGUGAAUAUCCAGGACUUCGCAUUACCUGUUGUUCCUGUAUCCCCUGGCGUGGGCCAGGACAUGUAG